AAACCUCGUAAUGUCAAUUUGCUUGCUUUAUUUUUUAUUUAAAAAAAAAAAGAAACUACUAGUUGGUUGAAGACCAAGCCCUUUUUUGUUUACAACUUUUUUAAUAAAAUUAGUUAUUAUUUUAAAAUUUUUAUUUCCGUAUUUAAUUGCCCUUCGCAUACAUUAUAAAAACAUAGAAAAAUAUAUUAACCAUCAUUCAAUAAUCGUGGCAUUUUGACUACUGAAUCAUUGGGCGUGUACUAGCUUAAACACUCUCAAGAAAACAAACAACGACUCAUUAAUUAGUACUUUCUAGCGAUGGUGGUAUUAAGUUCAUGCUGGUCACCAUUCAUUUGGUCCAAUAAUGUUAAAUCCGGUAGCUUGGCUGUGGCCGUUUAUACAGCUGCAUUGUCCAUCGUCAGCAUCACAUUGAUUGCAUAUAUGCUUCUGGGCGGAGAAUCUUCACAAUUGUAUUCGCCGCUCUUCGAAACCGAUAUAAGACAUUCAAUGCUAGUUUAUGGAGGAUUGUAUAUAUUUUACUUUUGCCUGUUUAUCAUUGCAUCAUAUUUAAUUUAUGUUGCAAUUAAAAUCAACACACGCGGAUGGCUGAUCCCUUGGCUAGUUCUUGCUGGACUUGGAAUCGUCUAUCAACUGCUGUUUGGGAUUUGGCUUAUUGCAGGAUACUAUAUAUAUCUUGAACAAACCUUAUCAGCUUUAUUCAACUUUGUUUGGAUGUUCUAUAACGGUUACUGCUGGCUUUGCGUAUUCUCGCAGUAUCAAAUCUUUUUGAAGUAUCAAAAUCCAAAUAUUGAACUUCUUAUGCCAUAAUGGAAAGUAAGAUAGCUUUUGGUAAAUAAUUAUAUACAAAUCAAUUAUAUAGAAAAUAAGAUAAAAUAUUCCGUCCACAAAUAAAGUUUAUUUUUUACACAUUGACUAUUAAGUAA